CUGGUUCAUUUUGGUUGAAGAGCACAGACCUGCCACAAGAAAUUGAACAUUCCUGCUGCAUUAUUUAUGAUGGUUUCUUCCAGCAUGUUUCUCCUGGGUUACUGUAUAUCAACCAUAUACAGUUGUUUUGCCAUUUCGGCUGAUUCCUGCAUCAUGAAUUCAUUAUCAAUGAAACACGAGCAGAAAACAUUUGCAGACCUUCUGCUUGAGGAACGAAAUAUGAUUUUUUUUAAUUUGGUUUUCAAUCAAUCAAAUUCUGAUAAAUUUGUGGAGGAAAGAAAAUUAGAAAGAUGGGUUUGGGUUGCCAACGACUAUCGAUAUAUUUUGAGUUAUCCUGAAGAUGUGGAUGUUUUCAGCUUUGGUUUAUUGAAAGCUAAACAAGGUACCAUAGAAGUGGAAAUAAACAUGGGGAAUCUAACCGAAGCUUGUAAGAGUCAUUUCAAUUCCUACUUGGCUCAACAUAUUUCAAAGAUUGUACAGAGAAACAGUUCAAUCACAGAUAACGCCUUCAACCCAUCUGAAGGAUACAUAUGCCAUUCUAAGCUUGAAAUUGGCAACUUGAAACAAAAAGUCAGCGAUUUUUCCGCUGUUAAACUUGGGUAUCAAUUCUGGUGUUACACGGACAACAACACAUGUGCGGUUGUAGAGAAGUCAUAUGUAAACUACAUAGUCAUCUUUAUAAUAUUUUUUACCUAUUGUUUUUAUCCCCUUGCAAUAGAAUCCGCAUUUUAUAUAGAAGAUAAAAAAACGGUUCAGGGUUCAUAUUAUAUGUCCGAGUCUCCCUAUAGUCCUUCAGUGUUUUGUAAGCGAAUUCUUUUCGCAGGAAAUAAUAAAUACCUAGCAACGCUGCGUAUAAUAUCAUUAGUAACAGCCCUAACAACUGGAAUUUAUUACAUCAAAUCAGAGGUCCAUGACCGUUGUAACUGUUUGUUGAGGUCUUCAAAUGAUAAUCAAAGUUUUCAGCAUGCAGAAAAUAUGUAUAUCAACAAUAAAUUUGCUGUAGCUUUAGGAGUUAUACAAUUUCUGAUGAUCAAUAUAUGUGUUCUGGUAAAUUCUAAUGGUAUUUUAGAUGAUUUCAUUAUUUUGGAUACCACAAACAGUUGUAAACCAGGCACGUUUUUAAAAACAGUGAAAGUCUCUGAAUUUUUAUUAGAAGAUGACGAGGAAAGAAAUCAAGACAAGGAACAAAUAGAACAGAGAAAUAAUUUAGUGUCCCGAAAAAUUCAAAAAAUAUUUCUUGUACUGACUUAUUCCUUUUGGUCAAAAUUAUUUUUCAUUAAUAGUUGCACACGCUCAUGUUGUUGUAAUAAAGACAACGGUUGCGUAUGUUUCAGUGUGCGCAUACAGUCAGGCAUUUGUUUCUUUAUAAAUGUUGCCCUUGUGUUAGGUAGUACGUUUUGCCCUUUGGUUUCAAAUGUUUACAUAUUUUUUGUCAAUUUCUUAAAUGUAGUAACUUGUAAAGGAUGUAAAGCAUUAAUAUCGUGUGUUUGGGAAAAAUGUAAGAAAAAAAUAUGCGAUGAACAGAGUAAGCACACCGGUAAUGAGGAAAUUUGUAAGGGAGAAAUAAACGAAAAUGUUAAUGAUAUUUCAAAGACUGAGUCUUGUAAGAAUUUCUGGUUACAGUCAUUUUCUCACGGCAUUACGAUUUUUCUCCUUGUUUUGAUGUACAAGUUAUCAUUCAAUAUCUUUUUUUGUGGUUUGAGCUAUGUAAUACAAUUCUUUAUAUUUACAUUGUUACUGGCUGUGCCUCAUUUUCCAAUUCAAUAUUAUGUUUACAUUAUUUUUUUUACAUCUGUUAUCAUUUAUAUUUCCAGGUUUCUUUUUCAAUUCAUAAAACUUUACAGAAAUUUAUUGGAAACAAUUCUCGAAAUCCAAGAGCAAACUAGUAUUCCAAUUAAUCAUUUUGAUAGGAUCGUUGCAAAACACUUUCCUUUAUCUAACGAACUGUUUUACUUGCUUGUGAAAAUAAUGCUUUCGGGUCUAUUUUUUGCAAUAAUAUAUGAUACAAUGCAGAAUGUAGGUUAUAUAAGAUUUGGAGCACAGCCAGAUUUGACUACUAUUAUUUCCUUGAUUUUUUUAUUUGGACCACCACGUAUAGUAGAGGCAAUGUUGGUGAGAGACUUUACAAGUCGUGUUCACAUGAAAGAAAAGGAAAUUAAAGAUGAACUUGUAAAAAUUAAAGCGGAGAAGGAUACUAAAAGAUCAAAGUCUAAUAAAACAAUGUCAAUUCUUCAUGCAGUUUUAACUGAAGAAGAGAGGGAACUCACUUCUGUGAAAAAAUGUAUAGAAUGCUGGAGAAAAGUAAGACCCGGAGAAGCAUACACAACAGAAGAGAAAACACCUGGAUGCUGUCUUUGUAUUUUCAGCUUGCUGUGUUGUGGCUGUUGCAACUUUGCGUUUGAUGAUAAAGGAAAUAGUAAAUGUUGUGUCAAAUUGAAAAAAAAAUCCAAAACAAAAAAGAGAUUUGAAGAGGAAUCAACCACAUCGAAAGAGGAAACAUCCACAUCGGAAGAAGAAACAUCCGAAAAACCCACAAACAACCGUUGUAAUUAUGUACCAGACUGCUUUUGGUGUAGGUGGUUAGGCAUGUUUUUCUGUGGCUGUUGUAAUUUUCCGUUAGACGAUGAAGGAAAUUGUAAAUGUUGCGUCAUAUUGACAACAAAUGCCAAAUCAAAUAAGACAACCGACAGCUCUGAAGAACAUUAUAAAAUUCCGUGUUUAUGUGUAAAAGACUGUCUAAACAAAGACACUGGCGAAAACCCUGAAGAGAAAAUGAAUCUUUUUAACGAACUUAAAACAGACACUUUAUACAAAAUAACAGUAGAUACUGUUGAUGAAAUCAGACCCCGCAUCAUAUACAAUGCCAAAGCUGAAAUUAUAAACGACGGCAUAAUAGAGCUUGAAAAAAUAAGCAUUUCAGAUAAAUCCGAUGAAAACAAACAACGAAAUGAAAAUAACAGUAAUGAAACUAGCAUAGAAAAAAGCAAUGAAAGCAUUAACAAUUGUUCGGAAAAUGAGCUCAGUACAAAACCUAAAAUAAUAGAUAUUGUAUCCCAAAAAGAUGAACAUGACAAUGGAAAAAACAACGCGUUCGGCAAUGCAGGAAAUGCUCGCACCGCAGACGCUGCCGAUGAAAAAUUACAACAGCAUGAAACCAGCAACAGUAAUGAAACUGGCAACGAAAGUGUUAAGAUCGUAUAUGAACGUUCUGCAAUUGGACCCUUUGCAAAACCCGGUACUAAAAAUAAAGUUGCCGCAAUAAUUGAACAUGGUGCCAGUAAACCAAGCCUCAUUAAAGAAGAAAAUGAUAAUCACUUAGACAAAGAAUCUGAAAAUCAAGACAACGAAGAACAUAAAGGAAAAGACAUUGAAGAUACUAAAUAUAAAGUCGAUGAAAGCAUUGAACUUCAAUCUUUUAAAACUAAACUCUAAUCAGAAAAUGAAAAUAAGCAAAAGCCCAGAGCAAACGAUACUUGAGAAAUUAAAUUCAUAAUUUUAUUCCAUGAUAGAUGAAUUAUCGAAGGAAUAAAAAAAGACAGGUAAAAAUGGACACUUGCUGCGGUUAACACUUUACUUAAAAUGACGCAAAAAACAAGCAAUGAACUGGUUUGACCAAAUGUAAUUUCUGGAUAAAUAUGUACAUAUAAUACUAUCAUUUAAAUCACGUGAUCGGAAAAUUGUUUUAUAUUUUUAGUUUUUUAGAUAACGAUCAACUGAUACUCAAUAUUUAUUUUUUUUUGCUUGUUAAGAGUUUUUGGAUGAGUCUGACCCCAUACUUUCAAAAACGAUGCUACGUGCCUGUACUGAAAAUAAAAUUUAAAGUAAAAAAAGAAAUUCUACCCCAGGGCCAGGGUGCCCCUAAAAGAAUUCUACCUUAAUUUAUUCCAUAGAACAGAACUUAUCAAAAUAUUCUAGUUUUUCUUUUAGAGGCAAGCCGGUCCUGAAGGAUAUCUAGGCCAAAAACCAUGCAGAAAUAUAUUAUUUUACUGAGAAAAUGCUGCUUUCGCCAACUUUGAAGACUAAUAGUUAAACUGCAAGAGCAAUAUGAUAGGUUCAAAAUGCAAAUUCGAAAAUUUUAAAAAUAUACGUAUACGAUAGAAAAAAAAAACUUCCUCAGCUCCCAUUCAGCACAAAUAUCUUUAAUUAACUUCUUAUAAGGCCAUUCACCAUUAUUUGAGGUACUAGUGUAAUAUUUUCUUCAUACCGGUUUUUCUGAGACUUCGACCCUAUUAUAUUUCCCCCAUAUUUCGUGAUUUUCAGCUUUUUAGACCUCUCCCAGCUAAGUCCUUGCAAAGGGUUAACAUUCCACAGUGUGUGCAUGUUGCACCAUCACAUGUCAGAAACAUAACAAUGUGUAGAUUACUAUAUCACAUCCACAUACUUUUUACGUUAUUUUACCUCCCACCUGCAACUUGCAAUUUCAUUUUGUAAAGUCAACACAACAAUCAUAGCCGCAAUUUUUGCAUUUUUACUUCUGAUUCUCAUGUACACUAUGGGCCUACAUAGUGCAUACUAAUUUAAACAAGAGACAUCCCUCUAACUAAUGAUAAUCAUUAAAAUUCAUUUCAUGAAUUUAAGCAACACUGAUUAGCCUUCAAGUACUGCAACUCUCAAUUUUACAAUAUAUUCACCGAAUACUCUAUCCGAAACGUUCCCCUUUCUAUCUGAUGUUAAUGAGUGGUCUCUUUUUUCCAUUUUGAAACUUGCCUUAAUAUAUGCAUAGUAUAAUUAGGUCUUGUAUUUUUCAUUCAACACUUCCCGACUUUUUGCAAUAUAUAAUCGCACAUUAAUUUUCUAACA